UGAUCAUAUAUAAUGAUCGCAGACAGCGGAAGAGUCAGAGGCCUCCGAAAUGUUGUUCCAGUGGUUGAUCGCUUCUUUCCUCGUUGCCCAAGGGCUGGCCAACCCCCGGAUCACCAAUGGUGUGACAGCUGUACCCCACAAGUACCCGUACCAAGUGUCAGUCCAAUGGGGACUCCCCCCUCUAAUUAAAUACCGCCACGUCUGCGGUGGCUCCAUCAUCAGCCCAAGCUGGAUACUGACCGCUGGCCACUGCAUCACAGAGAUCCCCAAAAUUGGACGAUUCCAGGUGAGUGCUGGGAAGCACGUAAUCAACAAGGACGAGUCUGGCCAGCAAAAUCGAGUGGUCACCGUCAGAAUAUCCCAUCCAAAAUACCCAGGAGGUAUUGCCCAACAUGAUAUUGGUCUUCUCCGUUUGAAGACCCCUUUGACCUACACCGAGCACAUCCAGCCCGUCGCCCUUCCUCCAGCUGGCAAACAGCACAAGGGCGAGACAGUCCUGACGGGUUGGGGCUCCAUCUCUACGAAAAUUAUUCCCAAGCUUCCAACUCAACUCCAGACUGUUGAAAUUCCCAUCGUCGAUUACGACGCGUGCUUGGAAUCCUUCAAGUCCACGUCAACCAAGGUCGAGCUCUUUGACACUCAAAUCUGCACUGGGCCAGUCGGUGGAAACAAGUCCGCCUGCUCCGGGGACUCUGGCGGCCCACUUGUUCAAUUCGGUGGUAAUGGAAAUCCAGAACAAGUUGGAAUCGUAUCCUGGGGGACCUAUCCCUGUGGAGUCGCCGGUACACCGACAGUUUACACUCGUGUCUCAUCAUAUACCGAUUGGAUUCAGUCUCAAGUGAAAGUCUGAGUGAAUUUAAUUUGUCAUUAAUUGAUUACCAAUAAAAUCCUGUUGCGAAUUUUAUUUUCA